AUGGCUGACAUUGAAAAAAUGUUUCAUCAGGUCAAAGUAUCAAGGAUAGAACAAGAUGCUCUUCGUUUCGUUUGUCGAGAAAACACCAGCGACAAUAUCGAUGACUUUGCCAUGCAAGAACAUUUAUUUGGUAAAGUAGACUCUCCUUGUUGCGCGAAUUACGCUCUUCGACAAACUAGUAUCGAUCACGAUCGCGAAAUCGUAGACGCUAUCACGAAAAAGUUUUACAUGGAUGAUUAUCUGGACUCCAUGAAAACGUGUUUUCCAAAUACCGAAACCGUAAUCAACGUCAAUCUAGAUCUAAACAAAUUACCGACUGAAAGAGUACUUGGUAUGUUAUGGAAUCCAAAUACUGACUAUUUCACAUUCAAAGUUGUCAACAAGCCAUCACCUGAAACUAAAAGAGGUAUAUUAAGUUUAACAAGUUCAAUAUUUGACCCACUUGGCAUCUUAACACCAUUCAUUUUAGAAGGAAAACUUAUCAUCCAAUCUUUGUGGAAAUCCAAAAUAGACUGGAAUGAAGAAAUACCAACCGAAUUAAAAACAAGGUGGUUGAUGAGCUGGAGAAGUGAACUGGAGAAACUAACAUCGAUCAGCAUUCCUCGAUAG